AGUUUCAUCGACUUCUUCUUUCUGCUAGCACUCAAACAUCCUCGUCAACAUGCCUGAAGGCUGACAGCAAACUGGUUAAGCUGGGUUACGGAAAAAAAGAAACAAUGUGUCACAACUCUCUCGGCAGGUCCCACUCAGAUUGAGACACGACUCGAGACGCGGCGGUGGAGAACCAUUCGAAGAAGGCAAAAUGGCCCAUGUAGUUUUUAAGCGACGGGAACCGUAAGGACAACGUUACGUUAACAGAGCUGGUAAAAUGGCACGUCGCUCUCAAUGCUCUUCUGCCGGGGAUAACCCCAUGCAUCCCAAUUACCUUCCUCCUCACUAUCGAGAAGAGUACCGUUUGGCAAUCGAUGCACUGGUUGAGGAAGAGCUUGAGGGAUAUUAUGAGUUUCUCCAAAGAGCAGAUGUGGUGGACUUCCUGUCCACACCCGAGAUUCAAUACAUACAAAAUUGGGUCCAUGUUCCUCAACAGAGCAACUACCAAGAGCAAACUUUUGUAGAGGCUGGAAGCGAAACCUCCUCUGACACAUAUUGGCCAAUCCACUCGGACUUGGACGCUCCUGGCCUGGACCUUGGCUGGCCUCAGCUACAUCUUUUUGGUGGACCUACGGAGGUCACCACUUUGGUUAAUCCUCCUGAGCCUGACAUGCCGAGUAUUAAAGAGCAGGCCCGGCGACUUAUCAAGAAUGCUCAGCAGAUGAUUGCUAUAGUGAUGGACAUAUUUACUGAUGUUGACUUGUUUGCUGACAUUUUAAAUGCUGCUAUGAGGAACGUGGCCGUCUAUAUUCUUUUAGACGAGCAGAAUGCAGAUCACUUCAUGAACAUGGUGUCCAACUGCAGAGUUGAUCUACAGAGUAUUCAAUUUAUUCGAGUAAGAACUGUGUCUGGCAUCACAUAUCACUGCCGCUCAGGGAAAUCCUUCAAAGGUCAAAUGAUGGAUCGCUUCUUGCUGACAGACUGCAGGGCUGUACUCAGUGGGAAUUACAGCUUCAUGUGGUCUUUUGAGAAGCUACACCGUUGUAUGGCACACCUUUUCCUUGGACAGCUUGUGUCAACUUUUGAUGAAGAGUUUCGAAUCCUUUUUGCUCAGUCACAACCACUGUUGACUGACGUUGCUGCUCCAAUGGAAGAUGUUGGUCUCUUGCAAAAGAGACCAUACCCAAGUAAAAUAACUCCACUCACAUACAGAGAGCCCAGAAAAUUUUUACCAAUUGACAUUGGGACUCAUGCAGAAGACUGGGCUAAACCCCCAUAUGAUGAACAAAUCGAAACAGAUUGGCGAAUGCAGCCCAAUAGGACUUCACAUGGCCCUGUUGAAGUGUACAGUCGAUUUCCAGCUCAGCAGUCAGGAAUGGAGCUGCAGUUUAAUCAAGGACACUCCAAGUUUCCCAUGAUGGGAAGCCCUGUCUUGAAACGUCACAGUUAUGUUGAAGGUGUUCAUGGCAGGUACCCAUUCCUUGCGCAACCCAAAACAGACUUUGAGGCCAGGGGCAGGCUGUUUAACAGGGCUCAGCUGCAAAAUGUGGGGCCAGGUCCAGAAGCCAAUUAUAGCGGCCCUGAGAAAUUCUGUGGCCAACAAUAUCAUUCAACAGACCAGCUUUCUGAACCAGGCUUACCACAAGAGAUGGAGCCAUUUGAUAACUUUGACCAUGUGCUUAACUAUUUAUCAUCUACCAGGAAUGUGGACUUCGAGCAGGCCUCAGAGAAAUUACAACCUCCUGCAGAUUUACCGUUGAGUUCAUCCCCACAUCAAAGGUUGAGGGGCUCUGCAUCUUCCACCCCUUUAAAUACAAUGGAUGACAAGCAGUUUUUCCAGGAGCCCAAUACAGACCGCAAAGACCCCAUGGUAAAACGAGGGUUAAGGAAUUGGAGAAUUAACUCUUACCUCAGUGCAUUCGAUAACCCAGAUGAAGGCCUGCCAAUGAUACCACCUCAGGCGCCAGAUCCUUUUGAGGAGCCCUUCAACCCUGUACAGCAAACACAACCACACAUAGAUUUAGCAAUUCCUAAAAUUCCAAACGUCAGAGAGUUUAAGAUUCCCGCCAUACCAAGAGCCAGUCAGUUGCCAAGUUAUGCCAAAGCUUUUGCACUAGAUCUAGAGCAGUCAAAGAAAUUGCAGGAAGAGAGUGUGAAAAGUGAAGAAACUGUGUCAACUGAAACCAAAACAACACCAACACCCUCAGAAUCAUCAUCAACAACUGAGGGGGAAAAACCAGAGGAGGCAGAACAAAAAGAACCAAACACUGCAGUUCGAAAGGAUGAAUCAUUUAGAAGAAAAUACAAUGCAGCCGCUCCAAGGAGCUCGAGGUUAAGAUCUUCUUUGAUAUUUAGCUCUUUAGAGCAGCAUACGGCAGGGCAACAAGAUGAUGAAAGUGACAAAAGUGAGACGGAGCAGACAAAACUACCCUUUACUUCUCAGGCCUUAGGACAAAGAAGAUCAGGCGCAAGAGAAUCCUUUGGAUGGAGUCGUUACUUAAAGUCCGCUACUUUUGAUAGUUCUGUACCAGAAGCCUCCAAACAAGGAAGCAAUAAACCAGAGGAUAAAAACUCCUCAAAUGAAGAUUCAAAGCGUUCUAGAGAAAACCUUGAGGUACAAGAGCAAUUGAAACUGCCAGACAUUGAACAAGGAAAACUCUCUCCUUCAACAUCCAGAUUGAAGCCUUCCGAAACUGAUCAACCACACCAGACUUUUGUUACCAAUCCAUCGUCUGUAGAUAUGAGUGAUCCUGAUAAAAGACUGAUGUUUUUUAAAGAGCUGGCAGCUAAACGCAAAGCUGCUAAGGCGGAAGAAGCUGAACAUUGCACUCAAAAGGCUCAGAUGAAAACACCAAUUGAUCUUAAUAGUGUUACUGCUGAAAAAGAGGACACUGUUCAAAAUGAUGGAAUGAAAGGUGAUGCCUCUGCCCAAAAGCCUCAAGCCCAAAUCUCAUUACCGGGGGAUGUCAGUACAAAAGGUUUAAGUAAAAUCAAAUCCACAGAAACACCUGUUGAUGGCAGUGAUGAGACUAGCAAGCACAAGAGCCAGGUCAGUAAUUCAUUAGUUAUCACCCAUAGCUCAGAGACUGAACAACCGAGCAUUUCAACUGAUUCAAAGGUUGAAAUUAGGAACAGCCAUACAGCAGCAUCUCUAUCUGUUUCUGCAGAAACACAAGUCCUUGAGUGUGAUUCAGAAGACCCAGAGCUUCAAAAACCUGCCUUAAGUGAGUUUAGCUCUGGUCAACAAGCCAUUGUAACAAAAGUCAAACAUGCUAAUCUUCCAUCGCUUAAGCAUAGUACUGAUGUAACACAAGUUCUCAAGUCUACCUCUAAUGAGUUAACUAUAUCUGCUCCCAGUUUUGGGAAAUCAUCAUCAUCUUCUGCAUCUACAAGGCUUAAUUCUAACAUCCAAAAUCAAAACUCAUCACAGUUGGAAACCAGUGUGACAUCUCCUCUGCUGUCAUCAGAAUCUAGCAUAGUAACACAACCAGAUGCACAAGGCCCUAACUCUAAACACUCCCCAUCCAGUCCUAAUAACUCAGACCAGAUCAGUAAUGUUUCAAAGUUACUGUCAGUUUCAAUUCAUUCUGUAGAUGACUUAGCUCAUGAGCAAUCUGAUGUUUCUGAGAAAAACUAUGCUUCUGAUUCAAAGCCAAACCCCUCCUCAUUGCAACCUACCACAAAGACAAACACUGACAGACCAAGGUCUCAUUCACCUCAUCACCUGACACAAAGCGUUUCUGAAUUAGAUAAUGUCUCUGAACAAAAUCCAGUGGCAGAGGAGGCUGGGGUGUCAUCCAUUGUUGUUCCAUCAUCAAUAAAAGACAUCAAAGAUGACAUCCUAACUCAUAGCAUUAGCGCUCCAUCACUUGAACCCAGUCUACUAGUUUCCCAAAGUCAUUCCAAAUCUGACCAAAAAGAUACCAACAUUUUUACACCCACCCUAACAGACUUGUCUCAAGAACCACCAGGACAUGCAAAUACCCCUUCUGAGCCUAACCCAACAGAAUCAUCUACUGCAGCUGUAACAGGUUUAUGUUUGUCUUUGUCUGAGUCAGUUACAUCAGUUCCGUCCUCCCAAACUGAAAAAUCUGAAGGUUUCAUGCCAGCACCGCAUGGUUCCUCUAAGGUUAACCCUUUAAGUAAUGGAACUUCAACUAAUGUCAACAAAUCUCCAAUGCAGUCUACCUCAGUUCUGUCCAGCAAAAAGCCAAACUCUGAUAGUUCUGAACCGUGCAAGUCAAAUUUAGCUGCACCCUAUGCAGACAGUAAUGUGUGCAGUCAGAUUAAUGUCUGCCAAGAGUCAAAAUUGUCUGUGCCUUGUGAGAAUAUGACUGUGGAUGGUAAGACUACAAAUACUAUUAAGAAGAGUGCUGCACUAGAUUCUGGCUGCAGUGAAAGAAUAAAUGAAUUGACAGGCCAGACUAAAUGUUUGGAGAAUACAGCAGAUGAAGGUGUAGCGUCCAAGCAGCCAAAGUCCAGCCAGUCUCGAUACCACUCGUCAACUGCCAACGUGCUCUCAAGCAGCAACCUCAGAGACGAUACAAAGCUGCUGCUCGAGCAAAUUUCAGUAAAUAGCCAAAGCAGGAAUGAGUCUACUAAGGAGCUGCCUGUCACUGAUGACGAGAAAGAAGAUGAAGCUGACAAAAAUGCAAAAAGAGACAAAGAAAGGGAGAUCAGCUCACUAAGCAGUAGCCAGUCAUCUCAUGAGCGUGAGAAGUUGCUGGAGAAACUCCAAAGCUUGAGGAAGGAAAGAAAAGUUUAUAGUCGCUUUGAGAUGGCUCCUUAAAUGGGAAACCGAGAAAGAUGAGAGAAAAGACUUGAGACUGAAAUACAGUAAAAAUCUGGGACACUGACUAAGACAUGUACAUGAUCAGUUAAACAAAUUAGGGUAGGAUUUCUAUUUUGAAUCACUGUUGUGUUUUAUCAGUGUGAAGUACAUAGACUGACAGUCAACUGUGUAAAUGCACAUAUGUAUGUUUGCAUGGGAUAACAUGUUUUUACAGACACAGUUGGGUAAAGUGCAAUUGUUACAACUGAUAACUCAUUUAAGACAUUUAUUUAAGUCUCUAUUAGGUCAUUAGGUGUAAGUCAAAUGUAAUGAUUGAUCAAAUUACCAUAGUGUGAAGAUUGUAUGCUCUGAAAAAUAACAGACAAUGACAGCUAAUUGGGGUUUGAUUCCGAAAGAUCAAUGAUCACAAGAUCCUGGUUUUAUAACAAGAUGGUAUUAAAACUGUAUUAAUGUAGUGUUUCUCAUUGCUAAUUAGCUAAAUGUCUUUUGACAAAUUAAAGUAUUUUUUUACUUGUACAAAGUGCAGCUUGCACUGGUGUAAAAUGCAGAAACUGAACUUGUUGUAAAGUAUCUUCUGCCAUCUAGUGGGUCUUAUUUGAACACCAGUUCUCACUUCUUGUAAAUACCUCAAAGCUUACAACAAAAUGUUACCACAUUGGUGACACUUUGGAAGCAUAAUAAAGUUCCACCUUAAGGCUUCCAUCAUAUAUUUCAGCAGUGACCUUGGUGUUCUGUGAAAGCAUGUUUCUUUGCCCUGAAUAGGCACAGGCAGGUGAUGAUGGAGAAGAAAAAAAUCUGAAACAAAUCUUUUUGCAAUUCAGAAUCAUAAGUGGUAAAGAUAAUGACUGUACCUGAUAAAAACAACUAAGUCAUGGUGUAUAUUGGUCAACACCACACCAUAGACUUUAAAGUAUGUAUUUGAUUUUGUUUAUUAAUUUACUAAUAUAUUAAUUAGAUGAAAGUGUUGAGUGAUAAGAUCCAAACAUCACCAAGUUACACAAAAAAUAUUUUAUCUGUUUAGUGCUAUGGAAUUGUCACAUAGCACCUUAUUUCAGCUGUUUUUGUAUGGUUUUUAGUGCUUUUACCGCAAUGUGGUUUUGUUAGUACACAUUUUGCGUCAUAUCCCUGCCACAACAAAAAGAAGUACAGUCGUCCCUCAUCUAUGCUUUUAAUUGGUUCCAGGCCUGAGUGUGGUAAAUUAAUGUCUAUGUUUUUUAACAUGAGACACCUCUAGACAUGAAAUAACAGCCACAUAUUCACCUUUGCACUUGUUUAGCCAAUUUACUAGAAUUAGUCAUAUUAAAUAAUACCCACUGUGGUGACUUAAGGAGCCAUGGUCUCAUCAAGUGGUCAAUACUAUGUAGUAGUAUUGAUAUUUUCAGUUCAUUUGGCUAUUUUUAUGCUUCAAUAUGCUUAAUUUAAGCCCAAAAUACAUAGAAUAUUCUUAAUAAAAAAGGGAAAACCCUGUGAUAGAGUGAAGCUACAAACUUUGAAGCAGGAAGUGGCAAAGGACAAGUGCAAAUCAUAUUUUAUUUUUGACAAUUUUCUUUAAGAUCCUUAAACCUAACUGUGUAGGAGCAAAUGGCUGAGUGUUCUUUCUAAUUUAGAGAAAAUUAACUUUUGUGUCCUUAGAAAAGUGCCUCUGUAUUCUUCUGAAAAUAUGCAUUUUAAAGAAAUGUUAAAUGAAGCAAACUAACAAUAUCAAACAUUGUUUUUAAGAAAGAUUUAGAAGAUAACUUGUCCUCUAGAACUACUUGAUGAAAAUAAAAUCCCUUAAAAUGUCA